UUUUUCCUUGUUUGGAGUCCAGCGUUUCCCCUCGCUGUAGAACCCCCCAAGUCUUCGGGCUGCCGGUCAGAGCCUGCCACGGGGAUCCGCCAGAGCCGGGUUGCCCUGGGUGCGUGACUCUGCCCCUCGCCCAUCCCGGCCGAGGACAGGAGGGAUAGGACGGUGAAUGAAACUCCUGAUCCUCCACUCACUAAGUCAGCGCUUCUCUGCCCGGUCCCCAGCUGAAAGGCGGCGGAGUGUCCCCAGCCCCGCCGCUGAGCGUGUCGGCGAUCACCUUAAGGAGGGGCUGGGGCUGUCCCGGCGCUCAGGCCACCGCCGCACCCCCUCCCGCGCCUGCCAUCGGGCCGUGAACUUUCCGGUGGGCCUAGGGGUUCCUGCCUCCCUCAGCACUCCUGCAUCCCUAAGAUCAGUGAGUUCUCCAGACUUCCUCCCUCUUUCUGCCCUGCACGAGAGCGCUUUGCUGGGUGCGCGUGUGAGGAGCGGAGAGGAGCGCCGGGAGGGAGAUUGGGACAAUAGCUGGAGUGGAUUAUUCAUUCCCGUAGGCAAUACUUCCCUGUAUGGGCUUCAGGAUGCAGUUGGAAGCUUGGGAACAAAGCGGGCAUCGAAUGUCAAGGCUCCUUUUGAGGAAGAAAUAGUUCUGCUGGAACCCCAUGCCUGGACUUUGGAGGGCAUGGCGCAGUGGUCUGAUAUGAAAGCACUGUCCCUGCAGAUGGGAACUCGCCUCUGUAUCCUGUGCCUUGCAAGAAAGGCAGCGAGGGGACACUUGAAGUAACCAAGCAUCUGGCAUCAAGCCUGACAAUCCACUUCACACUAUGUGAAGGAAAGUUUGUUCCAAACCACAUACUUUGUGGUGCUCAAUACUGGUGUCAAACUGGUCUGAACUGUCCCAGGUCUAAAAUAAAAUCUCCAUUGUGGUAUGGAACAGUGAACUUGUCUUGCUAAACCUU